UCGAGCUGUGAUCUCCGAAUCCCUUGUUAAUGGAGUCCAUAUAGUACUGGGUACUUAACACAAUCCCAUUCGUGACCCCCGUAGAGCAUACUGGAGUCUGUCUUUCUGUCCUGGCACAGCGAGGUUUAGAAGCCAUCUCUUGUUCUGGUACUUACUACUAGUCUACUACUACUGUGUGCGUGUGUGGGAGACAGUCGGCUAGAGAAACAAAGGGAGAGAGAGACAGAGAGGAUGAGCAUAGUGACCAUGGAGAGUUUAUCGUUAUAUCUGGUGGCCGUGGGGUCAGCGGCGGCGGUGGUCUGCCUCUGCGUGGCCGCGUGGCGGCGCCGCGUCAGGGAGGUCUUCCGUCAGCAGGGGAUCGACGGCCCUCCACCGUCGUCGUUCCUGAGGGGUAAUCUCUCGGAGGUGCAGGCGAGGGCGCCGCAGGCCGUUGCGGCGGAGGACGGCGGCGCUGGCCAGUGGGACCUCCACAAGGACGGCUUCGACGACUACUGCAAGAUGAUCUUCCCCUUCUUCCACAAGUGCAGGAAAGCCUACGGUGACACGUAUCUGUACUGGCUCGGGCAGCGGCCGGCGCUGUACGUGACGGACCCGGAGCUGAUCCGGGCAAUCGGACGGUGCGACUCGUUAGACAUGGGCAAGCCGACGUUCCAGCAGAAGGGGCAGGAGCCCUUAUUCGGCGCCGGCGUCCUCAAGGCCAACGGCGCCUGCUGGGCGCGCCAGCGCAAGGUCAUCGCGCCCGAGUUCUACAUGGCCAAAGUCAGGGGCAUGGUGGGGCUCAUGGUCAGUGCGGCGCAGCCGCUUCUGCGCUCGUGGGAAGCCGCCGUCGACGGCGCCAAGGGCGGCAUCGCGGCAGUAGACGUCGACGCCGACAUCCGCAGCUUCUUCUUCGACGUCAUCUCCCGGGCCUGCUUCGGGAACGACCACUCCACGGGGAAGGAGAUCUUCCUCCGGCUCAGGGCGCUGUCCGGGCUCAUGUCCGAUCCCAGCGUCAUGUUCACCGUCCCGUCGCUGAGGUUUCUGCCGACGGAGAAGAACCGGAGGAUCUGGAGGCUCACGCAGGAGAUCCGGUCGCUGAUUCUGGAGAUCGCGAGAGGGCGCCGGGCGGCGACGGGGAUUUCUCCGGGCCCUGACUUCCUGCGGUCCAUCAUCGACAACAGCGGCGACCAGCCGCGGCCGGACGACUUCGUGGUUGACAACUGCAAGAACAUCUACUUCGCAGGCCAGGAGACGACUGCAGUCACCGCCACCUGGUGCCUCAUGCUGCUCGCCGCCCACCCUGAGUGGCAGGAUCGGGCGCGCGCCGAGGUGCUCGAUGUCUGCGGUGGCGCCGCCGGCGCCGCGGCACCAGACUUCGACAUGGUAUCUCGGAUGAAGACGGUGAGCAUGGUGGUGCUGGAGACGCUACGGCUGUUCCCGCCGUCGUCGUUCGUGGUGCGGGAGACGCUCCGUGAUGUUCGGCUGGGCCAGCUGCUCGCUCCCAAGGGCACCUACUUCUUCGUGCCGGUCUCUACCAUGCACCACGACCCCGCCGCCUGGGGCCCAACAGUGCGCCGGUUCAACCCCAACCGGUUCCAGAACGGGGUGGCGGUGGCGUGCAAGCACCCGCAGGCGGCGUUCAUGCCGUUCGGCCUCGGAGCGCGUACCUGCCUAGGCCAGAACCUCGCGAUCGUUGAGGCCAAGACGCUCCUCGCCGUCAUCCUCGCGCGGUUUGCCUUUGCUCUCUCACCGGACUACAGGCACUCCCCGGCGUUCCGGCUCAUCAUCGAGCCGGAGUUCGGGCUGCGCCUCCUCAUACGCCGUGUCGAUGGUUUUACUUGAGGACGUAUCCAGUUCAGCAAGCCAGUGCAUCAGAUGCACCAGUUGCACAUGAGCCGUCAGAUUGAGAUGGGAGGGACAGGAUCCAUCUAAGAGGACCUUGUAGUAUUACUAGCUUAAUGCACGUGUGUUGCCACGGUGAAUGAAAAUCACAACGACUAAAAAAUAUUCUCUCUUGCUUCUUCCUCCUUGGUAAUAAUCGUUUCUUG